AGGAGUGUCGCCUCACACUGGAGGAAGCUGCGGACGAGCGGGAAGCACGGAGUGGGGCGCUACUAGCACCGAGCUGAGAGCACCUAGGCGGGGACGGAAGGAGCGCUGUGCCCGGGGCAGCACUAGGCAUUGUGCCUCCUGCGCACUUCCCGGGACCUUCCGAUCCUUGUUUCUUCCUUACACCUUUUGCGACUUCCUGGGGGGAUGAUGGAGCACACAUAUCCGUCCUACAGCGGCCGGAGCCCGGUGUGGGUGGAGAUGGACUGUGACAAGAUGUCCGGGAGCGGCAUGAUGAGGGACCCUCCACCCGGGACAACUUCAGGGACUGCUGCGGGAGACGAGUCCUCUGACAGCGAGGGCGAACAUGAAGGACCCCAGAAACUCAUCCGCAAAGUGUCCACCUCCGGCCAGAUCCGCAGCAAGACAAGUAUCAAAGAAGGAUUAUUACUGAAGCAAACCAGUUCAUUUCAGAGAUGGAAAAAACGCUAUUUUAAGCUCCGGGGCAGAACCCUUUACUAUGCCAAGGAUUCAAAGUCUCUUAUAUUUGACGAGGUUGACCUGUCGGACGCCAGUGUAGCAGAAUCAAGUACAAAGAAUGUCAACAACAGCUUCACGAUAAUCACUCCUUUUAGAAGACUCAUAUUGUGUGCAGAGAACAGGAAAGAAAUGGAGGAUUGGAUCAGCUCAUUGAAGUCGGUGCAAUCCAGAGAGCAUUACGAGACCGCACAGUUUAAUGUGGAACAUUUCUCAGGAAUGCAUAACUGGUACGCCUGCUCCCACGCCCGCCCUACCUUCUGUAAUGUGUGCCGGGAAAGCCUCUCGGGGGUCACCUCUCAUGGGCUGUCUUGUGAAGUGUGUAAAUUUAAGGCUCAUAAGAGAUGUGCUGUAAGAGCUACAAACAACUGCAAGUGGACAACGCUAGCUUCCAUUGGCAAAGAUAUCAUUGAGGAUGAGGAUGGUAUAGCAAUGCCUCAUCAAUGGCUAGAAGGAAACUUGCCUGUCAGUGCCAAAUGUGCAGUUUGUGAUAAAACGUGUGGCAGUGUGUUACGCCUGCAGGAUUGGCGGUGCCUUUGGUGUAAAGCAAUGGUACACACUGGAUGCAAGGACCAAUAUCCUCGAAAAUGUCCCCUUGGCCAAUGCAAAGUAUCUAUAAUACCUCCCACAGCACUCAACAGUAUAGACUCUGAUGGGUUCUGGAAAGCGACCUGCCCUCCCUCUUGUGCCAGUCCUCUACUUGUCUUUGUGAAUUCAAAAAGCGGAGACAAUCAGGGUGUGAAAUUCCUCCGAAGAUUCAAGCAGUUGCUGAACCCCGCUCAGGUGUUUGACUUGAUGAAUGGAGGACCUCAUUUAGGUUUACGAUUAUUUCAGAAGUUUGAUAACUUCCGAAUACUUGUGUGUGGAGGCGAUGGAAGUGUUGGCUGGGUUUUGUCUGAGAUAGAUAAGCUGAGCUUGCACAAGCAGUGUCAACUAGGAGUCCUUCCCCUGGGUACUGGAAACGACCUGGCGCGGGUGCUUGGUUGGGGUGCUUCCUGUGAUGACGACACACAGUUGCCUCAGAUAUUGGAGAAGCUAGAACGUGCCAGCACUAAAAUGUUGGACAGAUGGAGUAUAAUGUCGUAUGAGUUGAAGUUACCGCCAAAAGCCUCAAUACUUCCCAUAUCUCCAGAAGAGGAGUCUGAAGAGUGCCAAAUAUCUGCAUAUGAAGACUCGGUGGCCACUCAUUUGGCGAAAAUUCUCAAUUCAGACAAGCAUUCCAUAGUAAUAUCUUCUGCAAAGGUUUUGUGUGAGACUGUAAAAGACUUUGUGGCAAAAGUUGGUAAGACUUAUGAGAAACCACUGGAGAAUUCAGAGGAAGCAGAAGUGAUGGCACUGAAGUGUUCUACCUUGAAUGAAAAGCUUGAUCUGCUACUUCAGACCCUGCAUGCAGAAGCUCAGGCGGCGCCGCUGUUGGCACAUUUAACACCACCUAUUGUAGAAGAAGAGGUAGAAGAUGAAUUCUCCAGUGAAGACUCCCUCUCGGAGAGCAAGGAGCAGUUGACGGAGAGCAUUGCAAAGUCUUCCACCCCAAAGCUCUUCAAACCUCGGGAGCAGCUCAUGCUGCGAGCCAACAGCUUGAAAAAAGCAGUCCGUCAGAUCAUAGAACAAGCGGAGAAGGAGCUUUAUGUCCUAGUGGUGGAUGAGCAAAAUGCCCACACUGAAGAACAAGAGAACCAGGCUGCCGAGGAGUACAGGAAAGAGUUAGAGGAGUCAAGAGAAGAGGAGAAGGAUGACGACACCAAGGACCUGGACCCUUUGUCGGUAAAAGCUGCGCCACGUUCUCCAGACAGACGCACAAGCCGUAGUGCUCACUCCCAGAGCGGCUCCUUCUCCAGCCCCCCAUUGGCAUCUAGUAAGGAGAAUCUCCCUGUGUUAAACACUAGAAUUAUCUGCCCAGGUUUGAGAGCAGGAUUGGCGGCUUCCAUUGCGGGCAGCUCAAUAAUUAACAAAAUGUUACUGGCAAAUAUGGACGCAAUUGGUGCUUCACCUUUCAUUGAUCCAGAUUCAGACUCCUUAGAAGGUUAUUCAGAAAAGUGUGUAAUGAACAACUACUUUGGUAUCGGUUUAGAUGCCAAAAUCUCCCUAGAAUUUAACAACAAACGCGAGGAACACCCCGAAAAGUGCAGAAGCCGUACAAAAAACAUGAUGUGGUAUGGCGUUCUUGGAACCAAAGAGUUGCUGCAAAGAACUUAUAAGAAUUUAGAGCAAAAGGUUCAGCUGGAGUGUGAUGGCCAGUACAUCCCCCUUCCAAGUCUCCAGGGCAUUGCGGUGUUAAACAUCCCUAGCUACGCUGGCGGCACCAAUUUCUGGGGUGGAACUAAAGAGGAUGAUAUAUUUGGUGCGCCUUCUUUUGAUGAUAAAAUCCUGGAGGUGGUGGCAGUAUUUGGGAGCAUGCAGAUGGCAGUUUCCAGGGUGAUCAAACUUCAGCAUCAUAGAAUAGCUCAGUGUCGAUCUGUGAAGAUCACAAUCCUCGGAGAAGAGGGGGUUCCUGUACAAGUUGAUGGGGAAGCUUGGAUCCAGCCUCCUGGGGUGAUAAAAAUUGUUCACAAAAACAGGGCUCAGAUGUUAACCAGAGACAGAGCUUUCGAAAAUACCUUAAAGUCCUGGGAGGAUAAGCAGAAGUAUGACUCCUGCAAGCUGGCCCUCCGCCCCCACCUGUACUCCCCACAAGCGGUGGACUUGGCUUCAGAAGAAGAGGUUGCACUGAUUAACCUCUGCUCACAGGCGGCGGAGGAACUCAUUUCAAGAAUAUGUGAAGCUGCGAAAACACAUGGUUUGCUGGAGCAAGAGUUGGCCCAUGCAGUGAACGCCUGCUCACAUGCACUAAAUAAGGCCAAUCCCAGGUUUCCUGAGAAUCUCACCAGGAACACUGCCAUAGAGGUAGCGGUGAAUGUGAAGGCCCUGCACAACGAGACAGAAUCUCUCUUGGUUGGGAGAGUACCACUGCAGCUGGAAGUUCAUCAUGAAGAGCUUUUGUCCAAUGCACUGCAUGACGUGGAAGUAGAGUUAACUAAGCUAGCGGAGAUCCCCUGGCUAUACUAUGUCUUACAGCCAGAUGAGGAAGAGGAUCCUCCUCUGGAAUAUACAAAAAGGAACAGUAGAAGCACAGUAUUUCGUAUAGUGCCAAAGUUUAAAAAGGAGAAGGCUCAGAAGCAUAAGUCCAGCCCUCAGCCUGGAUCUGGGGAUAAUGAAAGUGGGUCAUAUGAAGCGAAUUCUACAGGGAAUUAAGGAGCUCUGCAAAAAUACAUCUUUUUCAGAGGUGUGAAGUGGAUGCUGGAGUCCCUGCAUGGAGCGAGGCUUGGACAGUGGCUCAAGUUGUUUCCAGGCACUGUGUGCUUUUAGUCUUUAGUAAGAGGUUGUAUACAGCAGGAGGGGGAACAUCUGAGUUAUCGCAAACUUGGCUUUAAGCUAGCAGUCUGUGCCAAAAUUAGCAAAAAAAAUAAUAAUUUUGGUAUAAAGUUUGCAUCUGCACUUGAAACGUGUGGCUUAUCUGAUUCUAAGAGACUUUUGGUUAGACAGAAGCCACCUCGGGUUGUAUUGGCACAUUUGUAACGCUGCCAUCUGCAUUGUCUGACAACAUAUCAUUUUAUGGCAAAAAGUCAAUGUGCUACCUUGUAUGAGGCCCAGACUUCCAAAUAACAGGGAAGGCCAACAUGCAACUGGGCUAGGCCUAUAUGGGUAGUCUUGGUUCACGCUGCCUCAGGUACCGCUCAUUCACUGGCCAAGGAGUUUGAUUAGAAAAACACUUUGUGUAAAGUGGAUGCAAUCUAAAUGCAUGGAGUGCCUGUUAAAAUUGUAUUUCAGUUGCAUGACAUAUCUGAUACAAAAGCG